AAAUAAAGCUAACACUACAAUAUAUACACAUCAUUUCAUCAUUCAUUCCGCAUAUAAAACUUCUCCUCCUCUCUCUCUCUCUCUAAAACUUCUCUGUCAAGGUCUCUUUUUCUUCUAUUGACCCUUUGAUCUGACUAUUACUCACUUGUGCUUGAUUAGAAUUGCACAGAUUUUUGGUGAUUUUACAAACAAAGGCAGAAAAUUUUGGGAAGAUUUCGCAUGGGUUUUGAGGAAUCUUGCGGUCUCUGUUUAAUGAUUGAAGCUGCAAGUUAUUCUAUCAGCUUUUAGUUUAAGAACAAGUUGAGAUCUUCGUCUCCCCUGCUCGAUUAGGGCACUGCAGAGUAGAGCAGUGCCCAUGGACACCACAGCGAGUGGAACCCCGAGUGUUCAAUACUGUAACAUAGCCGAGCAACCCAUUGCUACUCUCGUCACCUCUCCCGUGCCCACGUUUCAAAAGCAACAGAGGCAUUGUCUUGGAAACGCUCGUCCCGGGGAGUUCCCGUUGUCUGCCAACCCCUCCAUUGUCCUUCAUGUCCUUACUGGGUGUAAUUUGGAUCCACAGGACCUCGCGAUACUAGAGGCCACUUGUUCGUUCUUCAGGCAGCCCGCACACUUCCCGCCUGAUUUUCAGCUCUCGUUAGCCGAGCUGGCAGCUCUAGAUAUGUGCCAUAAGAGAGCUGUGUUUAAGCCAAUGACCCAAGAAGAACAACAAGAUUUGAAGCAAAGAUGUGGGGGCUCGUGGAAGCUUGUCCUGAGAUAUUUGCUGGCCGGGGAAGCUUGUUCAAGGCGAGAGUCCUCACAGGCGAUAGCGGGCCCCGGUCAUAGCGUUGCAGUGACUUCAAAAGGAGUCGUGUAUGCUUUUGGCUCUAACAACUCGGGACAGCUUGGCGUUGGAACCACCGAGGAGGAGUGGAGGCCCCGCCAGAUUAGAUCUCUGCAAGGCAUCCGUGUUAUCCAUGCAGCAGUUGGAGCUGGGCGGACAAUGCUGAUUAGUGAUGCUGGAAAGGUUUAUGCUUUUGGUAAGGAUUCGUUUGGUGAAGCCGAUUAUGGAGUCCAAGGAAAUAAAACCGUAACUACCCCACAAUUGGUGGAAUCUUUGAAAGACAUCUUCGUUGUACAAGCUGCAAUUGGGAAUUUCUUCACAGCCGUACUGUCGAGAGAAGGAAGGGUUUACACGUUUUGUUGGGGGAAUGAACAUAAACUCGGUCACCAAACCGAGCCAACUGAUUUGGAGCCCCGCCCUUUGCUCGGGGCACUCGAGAAUAUUCCAGUCGUGCAAAUCGCAGCAGGAUACUGCUACCUUCUCGCUUUGGCUUGUCAACCUAGUGGAAUGUCUGUAUAUUCUGUUGGUUGUGGUUUGGGUGGAAAGCUCGGUCAUGGGACUCGAACUGAUGAGAAGGUCCCAAGGUUAAUUGAACAGUUUCGGGCUUUGAAUCUUCAACCAGUAGUGGUUGCAGCGGGAGCUUGGCAUGCUGCGGUGGUUGGGAAAGAUGGAAGGGUCUGUACGUGGGGGUGGGGCCGUUAUGGAUGCUUAGGGCACGGGAAUGAAGAUUGUGAAUCGGCUCCUAAGGUGGUGGAAGCUCUGAGUAACAUUAAAGCCGUUCAUGUUGCCACGGGAGACUAUACGACUUUCGUGGUUUCUGAAGAUGGCGACGUCUAUUCGUUUGGUUGUGGAGAAUCGUCUAGUCUUGGACACAAUGCUGUCGUGGCCGAUGGACAGGUAAAUAGGCACUCGAAUAUCUUAAGCCCCGAGCUCGUGACAUCACUGAAGCAGGUGAACGAGAGGGUUGUACAGAUAAGUCUUACGAAUUCCAUAUACUGGAACGCCCACACAUUUGCGCUCACAGAAUCUGGUAAGCUCUUCGCCUUUGGGGCGGGCGAUAAAGGGCAGCUGGGCGUCGCACUUUCUGCCAACCAAACCGAAAGGGCUAACCCGGAACGUGUGGAAGUCGAUCUCAGUUAACCAUUGAUCAGAUAUGUGUAGUCUGUCUAGUUUGUCAUCCUAAUUAGCCCUCCCCUCAUGCUUUGCUCUGCAUAUGCUGUUUAUAUCUCUCCAUGUCCAUUGUGUAAAUAGAAACAAAACAAUAUUUGUGAAUAAGCUAGGUUUUAAGAUUUGACAAUUAACCUUAAAAAAAUUUAUUGGCUAUUGAGCCACAUGCAGUAAAUAGUUGAUACAUUUGUUCAGGUUGUUGAUUUUA